AUGGGUGGCUUCCUCUGGGUUCCACUCCUCUUCGUCAUCCCAAAUUCAGUUUCCGCAGGUCUAUGCGCAAAUAAGGGAGGAUCCGCCGAUGUCACAAUUAAACACUCGAUUUAUUUCGACAUUAAUUCGAAGUCCCCAUUGAAGGUGGAACUCGACGAUUCUAACAGGUCCCCCACGAAUCCUGUUAGAUUCGUGUCAAGGGGCUUGCCGUGUUCCUGCCAGGGGCUCGUCUGCGGCUGUUGCGCUGGAAUAAACCUCGCGGCCUUCAAUUUUACUAGACGAGCCUGCAUGGAGUUUAUCAUGGUGCCUGAAGAAUUCGCCAUGGACGUUCGGUUGAUGAUCGAUGAUGAGGAAAUGUUCAACAAUCGAUUGAGCGCGAGAAAUCCACCUCCGGUCUGCAUGCCUCUGUACGCCCUUCCGAUCGUCAACUUCUGCGUCAGACUCUUCGACAUUCGUGUAGUGGACUCGUCCCUGAGUACCUGCAUGGACUUCGAAACAAAGGUGGCACAAUGGCCAGUGUUCAUCCUGCAUUUCGACUGCGUUCGAGUCGGAGGGAACGGGCUCUCCUGGGUGAGGCCCAACGCCACACUCUACUCAGAGCCGACCGUAGCUGACGUCGACAUCUACGACCAAGUUGAUUUCAAUGCCGCGGACCUCGAAAUUAGUAACAGCACUUCCGGUUUGAGUCCGGAAGAGGAGGACAAAAUAGGAACGCUUAAGCUUUAG